UGGAGGGCGCCAAUUCCAACAUCUACUCUAGCAGUUCGAGAUAUGGGUACCAGUAUACUUGAAUCACUCUUGAAAGUGUCCGAAAAGGCUGCCAACAUAGCUAGAGUGAUUCGGCAAGAUGAACACCUUAUCAAGUUAUUGGUCCAAGAAAAGAAAGGGGCAGAGAAGAAUCCAAGAUUUGUCCAAGACUUCAAAACGCUGGCAGAUGUUCUUAUACAGGAGACAGUGAAGCAUGAUAUAGGCAGUCGGUUUCCUGACAUUGUGAAUCACAUCUUUGGAGAGGAGAGCAACACAUUCAGCAAUGUGCUUGGAGACACCAUCACAGUUCAGGUGCAGGCGGAUCAGGUGGCUACAGCCGCCCUCCUCAGCACGGUUUGUAGAAGUGUUCUGAGUGGCGACACUCAGGCGGCUGAGAGGCUGGCUUUGGAGGUCCACAGAGACCUCAGGUUGGAGGAUGUUGACAUGGAAAACUUACCGCAAUUGAACCUGCCACUGGAGCAGUGUGGCAUAUGGAUUGACCCUAUUGACUCAACUUCAGAGUACAUCAGUGGUGAAGAGGCAAAGUUGUCAGCAAAUGACAUCUACAAGAGUGGACUGGGAUGUGUGACAGUCUUGAUUGGUGUGUUCGACAGAGUCUCUGGUCAGCCAAUAUUGGGAGUUGUGAAUCAGCCCUUCUACACACAGCAUGGCUCUAGAUGGGAGGGCAUGUGCCAGUGGGGCGUCAAGUUUGGGGACCUUUCUAAGUGCUCUGCAUCAUUACUGAGGAACAUGGAAGAUGACAGAGCGAAGGUUGCAGUACUGAGUGGUAGUGAGGACCCGAACCUCAAAUGUCGACUGCGCUCAGCUGGCUACGUGGUGGCUGAGGCUUCAGGUGCCGGCUACAAGCAGUUGUGUGUUGCUCGUGGGAAUGCUGACUUAUACCUUCUUACAAAGGGCUCAACAUUCAUGUGGGACACCUGUGGUCCACAUGCUAUUCUCCGGUCUCUUGGUGGUGGCAUUGUGAGCUACAAAAGAGUGCUAGAGAAUGGUGAGAACCUGGAGGAGGCAGAACUAAAGUAUGGUGCAAAUCACACAGCAGAAGAGCAGUGUAGUGCUUCUCACUGUAACCUUGAAGGCAUUAUUGCAUUCAGGGAUAGGAGCCUGGUGCAUGAGUUGGUUAAGAUCCUCAGACCGUCAUAGACACUGUAGCAAUGUUACCUGAAUCUCAAAGCUGCUUGUAACACAUAUAAUUAGGGAGAUCUAGAGGAAUGGAAGAGGAUUCAGUACAAACAGGAAAGAUAUAAAAUGUUUUGCUGGCCAUGGUAUUCAUAUUUCCAAAUGGCUACUUCAGUCACCAGGAAUCAGAUAUGUUUGUUUGUCCUUGUGCAAGUAUAUAUAGAUUAGAGGUGUACAGCCUCUUAAAUCUUCAUAGUGAAUGGAAUCUCUCUUCAAUUCUGUAGUGACAGAACUACAACAAUAUCUGAAGACCACUGUUAGUACUAUAGGACAUGAGGAAAGCUCAGGUAUACUCAGUCUGACAUGCUUAAGGAAGUGAAGCACAGCAUAUUGAAUUCUUCAUUGCUCAUAGAAAGCUACUUACUGUUAAUGUUAAACAAUGUAGAGUUUAAUUAUAUUUAACCUGUAGUGGUUGUGUUCAAAUGUACAGAAUCUGUUAUGUAUUGCAAUGUUAUUAUUGAAGUAAGUUAUGUAUUGUUGUUUUGUGAAGGUGAAGAACAUCUCUAAGUCAUAGUAAUGUAUAUGGCACAGUUUGAGCUGUGCCAGUUGUAUGAACUCAAAAACUAUAUUCUGUUGACAUAAGAAGGAAGUUUAAUAAUAUGCUUCUUAUUAUUGUUAUUAAUAUUAAUACUAGUACUGUGAUAUUAUCCAUAUUAAUCUCUUUGUAGUCAUCCAUGUACUUGUUUGAAAGUUGAUAUUUUUUAGAAAUGCAUGAGUAAGAUUAUUGUUACAAUUAUUCAUGAGGAGAAAGUCCACCAUAAUCUGAAGCUUGCCAUUCUCGGGUUAGUUUUGCAUGGAGAUUAAAUUCCCCAUUCCAAAUGUAUAUUUCAGAGUUAGCUGUAUCUUAUAUACAAGGUGAGCAGAGCAAGCCAUUUCCUUCAUUUUAUUGCUUUGAUGAAUGGAAUGAUAAUGUGCUUGAAGCAUACUAGUAACUUUUGUUUUCUGCCCCUAUUUGAACCAGUUGUGGCAUUGUUACGUUUACACAAAACUCUUGUGUGUAAACUUUCAUGUCCUGAAAUUUGGACUAUUUUUUGGUCAUACGAGUAUUUUAAAUCAUUAAACACUUUGGUGAAUACCCACUUGCAUAGUAUUAUAACUCAGAGUACAUAUGAACAUAUACACAAUUUCUCCAAUUUAAAUAUUCUGUAUGCUUCAUUGUUAAAUGCACAUAAAACCAAAAUUCUGAUUAAAGGGUUCAAUGAAUAAAAUGAGGUACACUGUGAAUUAAUUUGAAUUUAUGUAUGUGUUAUUCUGUAGAUGGGAUGAAGCUAAAUGAAAUGAAAUUUAAUGAACAGAUUAGCAUCUACAGGCCAUGUGUGUACACAGAUGCUCCUGAGAUUACAGAGGUUUAGCAGUUACCAGAUCUGGACUUUCAAAUUGUCAUAUUACCAUGGUAAUAAUUUUUUAGUUAAGAUAAAUUAUGAUAUUCUACAUCCAGAGUGCUUUGAUAUUUGAUGAAUUGAACAAACUGAAAUUGACAUAUUUGUUGAUUAUAAUAAGUUUCUCUUGAAACCUGUUGCAGUAUUGUAAGUUUGUAUUGUUGAAGUAAAUAUAAUGUACAACAUGUUGUUGCUGAAGCUCUCUGUAUUUUCUACAGAUUUCAUUGUACUGAAGAGAACUUAAUUUCCAUUGUUGAAUCCAAUGCAAAUGUAUGUUUCUUAAACAAAGGUUGCUGAUCAAGAAUGGUAUGUCACUCACAGCAGAUAGUUUUGAUGAUAUUUCAUAUUUGGAAGGAAAUGAAAACUUUUGAGUGUUAUAAAAGGAAAUUUUUUCUGAAUGACAACAUUCUGGUAAUCCCCAUGUUGUUUGUACAGAAAGUCUUCCUGGCAGAUUUUUGUUUUUAUAACAUCACAUGUGAUUAUUUGUGUAGCUUCAAGUGGAAUAUUAUACACCCUGUUCUUAAUCUUCAUUAGCAUAUUUUUUUAUUUAUUUAUUUAAGAAGACUGGCACUAAGCAAAACAUUUUUACUGUCAGUUGUAUGGUAACAGGAGACUGGAUGACACAGUUUCAGACACAGUAGCAAAGCAUCAGCUGUAAUUCCCAGUAUAUCAAGUGAUAAGGGGGAUAGGGAAGAGCAGAAUGUUGUGGUUGUUACAAGCUGUAGUUGCUACUUGCACAGAAAAUUUGUUAUUCACAGCACACUCAUCCAUACCUUGGCACUAACUCUCAUUCCAGCACAAACACUAAAUUUCUUAGACACAUAAAUUCUUUGACUCACACUUAACAGCAGUCUGAACUUCUUUAAACAUGUGUGCAAGUUACUCAAAAAUAAAUCGUGACUAUCUGUGA